GUUGUACGCCGUCUACCAUUAAACGCCAAGAAGAAGAAGACGAAGGAAAUCAACAUGGCGUCAUGCAGCAGGACUCAAGUGAUCUCACUCUACAGGAUGCUUGUAAAAGAGAGUAAAAAAUUCUCCUCAUAUAAUUACAGAACAUACGCACUUCGCAGAGUGAAAGAUGGCUUCAGGGAGAACCUUCACGUUGACAACCCCAAAACACUGGAUACACUCAUAAAUGAAGCUCGAGAGAAUCUGGCGCUCAUCAAGAGACAGGCAAGCUAUGCCAGCUUUGUUUCAUAUUCCAGUUUCCAUUGGCCAUCUGUAUUCUUCUCAAAGGACAGUUGUUGAAAAAGAGCCUCAUUUAUAAAUGUCUUCAGCAGCAAAAUGUCUUGAGUUGUUAAUGACAAAUCUGUUUAGCCUACGAGCUGCACCAUUGACCUUCUCUGUAAAAUUGUAUAUGAUAGUAUAUUGUAAAUGUGUGUUUAUGUUAUAUUUAUUAGCAAAUAAAUAAAAUACAUAAACUUUAAA